AGGUGCAGCGACUUGUCCAAGCCUUGUCUGAGCUAGGCACAGACAUCAGACUUCUCGGACUCCGCCCCAGGCUUCCCUGCCUUUGAGGAGGCGAAGGGGAGAUUCGAGUCAGAAGCCCCAACGCUGAGCCAGAUCCAGGCACAGAAAGAGAUACAAGUUUGAAGCCAGCACCGGGUCGUUUCCCCCGAGACGCCCGCACUGUCUCUGGCUGUUCUGGGCUCCCGUGACCCAAGAUUUCUUUCUCCCUACCACCUCCUCCUUUUCUCUGCCCACGCCCACCUCAGUUCAACCCUGAGUAGGAGCCCUACUGCUUUAGUUCUUAGAGUUAAAGAAGAGGAGGGAGGAGCCAGGGGCGCUGCGCUUGGGCUUCUGCCUGGCCCUGGCCAUCACUGCCAGCCAGUAGCGCUUUGCUCCGCUGAUGCUCGAGCGCUAGCACCAGGGUUUUAAACACGCCUCGCAGCGGUGCCCACUGACCGCCUCCUCCCGGAUCCUAACGCGUGCCAUCCUCCGGCCCACGUCCCCUCUGCCCGCCAGGUCCGCGAGAAGAGGCCGACCCUCAUAGGACACGGGCGGGCCCAGGACGCGCUAGGCAUCGCAACUGCUCGCCCCGCUGGAGAUCGAGGACCGCGCACUUGGCUCCUAGGCCCAGAGGGCGGGCUCGGCUCCCGGAAGAGAAGAGCGUGAGGGCGGCUGGAGGGGCCGGAGAGGGGCGGGCCAGGCGGGGAGGGACGAGAGGGGGCGGGCCCGGCUGCCUUCGCCCAGCCAGUGCUCCAGUGCAGCAGGCGUCCGAACCCAAGACCAGAGCUCGGCCACUCUGAUCGUGGCACCCUCCCUGGCACGGUUUUCCGUGGGGCCCGCCUCGGGAGCAGUCCCUGUUUGCAGCCUCGGGUCCUCCUCCAGAAUCCCAGAGACUCCAAGCUGCGAGCAGUCGUGGCCCGUGGGGAAGCGAGGUCCCCAGACCCGAGAGGACGCGCGCGACGCUGGGAGAGAUCUGCGAGCUGCAGGUCCACCGCGGGGGCCUCAGGGGCGCAGAGCAGCAGAGCUGGACGCCAGCGGGAAGGCAUAGACUUUAGCCCUGCGUGGAAACAGAGAAGCAUGAUGACAACUUGAACUUCUUGGGAGACAGCCAUAAAGAACACCCAACAUGCCUUCCUUCAGUUAUGAGCAAAUAAGAAGCCUCCUUUCAUAUGUUCACGGUAUAUGCUUAGUUUUCUGUAAGCUUCAAGAGAGAACAUACCCCUUGGGGAAGAGAACCUUUGUUCAGAGUUAGCUGCUGGAGGGAAGGUACAGAGUAAAUGAAGACAAACUGGAAUAUCUCCUUCCAGACGAAGAGGGACGCCAUCUUGGCUUCAGACCCCAGGUCUUGCAAAAGCUGCAGCCUCGCCUCAGAGCAGGGUGGUGGCCGAGGCGAUGGUGGGCGUGCUGAAGAUACCUUAUGGCUACUGAGGACAUUGCUGGAUCAGGGAGCAGAGUGGCGGGCAUGCUGUGCAGUCUGUGGGUCCUGGUUCUGGGGCCCACAGUUCUGGCUCUGGAAGAGGUGCUGCUGGAUACCACAGGGGAGACCUCUGAGAUCGGCUGGCUUACCUACCCACCAGGUGGGUGGGAUGAGGUGAGUGUUCUAGAUGACCAGCGCCGUCUCACUCGGACCUUCGAAGCAUGCCACGUUGCAGGGGUUCCUCCAGGUGCUGGGCAGGACAACUGGCUGCAGACACACUUUGUGGAGCGGCGAGGGGCCCAGAGGGCACACAUCCGCCUUCACUUCUCUGUGCGAGCUUGUUCCAGCCUGGGUGUGAGCGGUGGUGCCUGUCGAGAGACCUUCACCCUUUACUACCGGCAGGCUGAGGAGCCUGACAGCCCGGACAGCAUUUCGGCCUGGCACCUCAAACGCUGGACUAAAGUGGACACAAUUGCAGCAGAUGAGAGCUUCCCUGCCUCCUCCUCUUCCUCGUGGGCUGUGGGACCCCACAGGACUGGUCAGAGGGUGGGACUGCAACUGAAUGUCAAAGAGCGCAGCUUUGGUCCUCUCACUCAGCGUGGCUUCUAUGUGGCCUUCCAGGACACAGGGGCCUGUCUGGCCCUUGUGGCCGUCAAGCUCUUCUCUUAUACCUGUCCCUCAGUGCUGCGUGCCUUUGCCUCUUUUCCUGAGACACAGGCCAGUGGAGCUGGAGGUGCCUCCUUGGUGGCAGCUGUGGGCACCUGUGUAGCUCAUGCAGAACCAGAAGAGGAUGGCGUUGGAGGCCAGGCAGGGGGCAGCCCCCCAAGGUUACACUGCAAUGGGGAAGGCAGGUGGAUGGUAGCUGUGGGAGGCUGCCGCUGCCAGCCUGGAUACCAGCCUGCUCGUGGAGACAAGCUGUGUCAAGCCUGUCCUGAGGGAUCUUAUAAGGCCCUCGCUGGGAAUAUGCCCUGCUCACCAUGUCCAGCCCGAAGCCACUCCUCUGACUCUGCAGCACCAGUUUGCCCCUGUCUCCAGGGCUUCUACAGGGCCAGUUCUGACCCACCAGAGGCUCCCUGCACUGGCCCUCCAUCGGCCCCCCGGGAGCUUUGGUUUGAGGUGCAAGGCUCAGCACUCAUGCUGCACUGGCGCCUGCCUCAGGAGCUGGGUGGACGAGGAGAUCUGCUCUUCAAUGUUGUGUGCAAGGAGUGUGGAGGCCACCGGGAGUCCAGCAGUGGGGGGACGUGCCGUCGCUGCAGGGAUGAGGUGCAUUUCGACCCCCGCCAGAGGGGCCUGACCGAGAGUCGAGUGUUAGUUGGGGGGCUCCGAGCACAUGUGCCAUACAUCUUGGAAGUGCAGGCUGUCAAUGGGGUGUCCGAGCUCAGCCCUGACCCUCCCCAGGCAGCAGCCAUCAAUGUCAGCACCAGCCAUGAAGUCCCUUCUGCAGUUCCUGUGAUGCACCAGGUGAGCAGGGCAGCCAACAGCAUCACAGUGUCCUGGCCUCAGCCUGAGCAAACAAACGGGAAUAUCCUGGACUACCAGCUGCGCUACUAUGACCAGGCAGAAGAUGAAUCCCACUCCUUCACCAUGACCAGUGAGACUAACACUGCCACUGUGACACGGCUGAGCCCUGGCCACAUCUAUGGCUUCCAGGUUCGGGCACGGACUGCGGCUGGCCAUGGCCCCUAUGGGGGCAAAGUCUAUUUCCAGACACUGCCUCAAGGUGAGCUGGCCUCCCAGCUUCCAGAGAAGCUGUCCUUGGUGAUUGGUUCCAUCCUGGGGGCCUUGGCCUUCCUUCUACUGGCAGCCAUCACUGUACUGGCUGUCAUCUUCCAGCGGAAGCGGCGUGGGACUGGCUACACAGAACAACUGCAGCAGUACAGCAGCCCAGGACUUGGAGUCAAGUAUUACAUUGACCCUUCCACAUAUGAGGACCCCUGCCAGGCCAUCAGAGAGCUUGCUCGAGAGGUUGACCCUACCUAUAUCAAGAUUGAGGAAGUCAUUGGGGCAGGUUCCUUCGGAGAAGUACGCCGGGGCCGACUACAACCCCGGGGAAGGCGGGAACAGGCUGUGGCUAUCCAGGCCCUGUGGGCAGGGGGUGCUGAGAGCCUGAAGAUGACCUUUCUGGGCCGGGCAGCACUGCUGGGCCAGUUCCAGCAUCCCAAUAUCUUGAGGCUGGAAGGUGUAGUGACCAAGAGCCGGCCUGUCAUGGUGCUGACAGAACUCAUGGAACUUGGUCCUCUGGACAGUUUCCUUAGGCAGCGAGAAGGCCAGUUCAGUAGCCUACAGCUUGUGGCCAUGCAGCGGGGUGUGGCUGCUGCCAUGCAGUACCUAUCCGGCUUUGCCUUUGUGCACCGAGCGCUCUGUGCCCGAAGUGUGCUGGUGAACAGCCACCUGGUGUGCAAGGUGGCCCGUCUUGGCCACAGUCCUCAGAGUUCAAGUUCCUUGCUUCGCUGGGCAGCCCCAGAGGUCAUUACCCAUGGAAAAUAUACAACAUCCAGCGAUGUCUGGAGCUUUGGGAUACUUAUGUGGGAAGUGAUGAGCUAUGGAGAACGGCCCUACUGGGACAUGAAUGAGCAGGAGGUACUAAAUGCAAUAGAACAGGAGUUCCGGCUGCCCCCACCUCCAGGGUGCCCCCCUGGGCUACAUCUACUGAUGCUAGACACUUGGCAGAAGGACCGUGCCCGUCGGCCUCACUUUGACCAGCUGGUGGCUGCAUUUGACAAGAUGAUCCGCAAGCCAGAUACCCUGCAGGCUGAAGGGGGCUCCGGGGACAGGCCUUCCCAGGCCCUUCUGAACCCUGUGGCCUUGGACUUUCCUUGCCUGGACUCUCCCCGGGCCUGGCUUUCAGCCAUUGGACUAGAGUGCUACCAGGAGAACUUCUCAAAGUUUGGUCUUUCCACUUUCAGUGAUGUGGCUCAGCUCAGCCUGGAAGACCUUCCGGGCCUGGGCAUCACCCUGGCUGGCCAUCAGAAGAAACUACUGCACAACAUCCAACUUCUCCAGCAGCACCUGAGGCAGCCAGGCUCCGUGGAAGUGUAAAGCUUGGUCGGGAAGCUGUGAGCCGCUGAGGCCCAACCCCAGUCCUGGUCAUAAGGUGCAGGAAGGACGUGUGAGACUGAGCCAGGCUGCAUUCCAGCCUUCAUGCCUGCCACAUUAAACCCAACCCUCUGGACUGAAUCCCCCAAUCCUGCCCUUCCAACAGCCUCCCCAUAUUAAAGGAAAAGAAGGGAAUUUACAAGUU